AUGGAACGAACAGAAAACGACUGUGUUUAUGUUUAUAACACCAAUAAAAGACAAAAAUUACAAAAUGAAUUAAUAAAAAACAAAUCUUGUUUUGAAAAUUUAGCAAACGAAACAAUUUAUGAAAUAUUUCAAUAUCUUGAUGUUUAUCAUAUUUACGAAGGAUUUUUUUAUCUUAAUCAACGAUUUCAAAAUAUAAUUGUUAAUACAAAUCUUCUAAUUCAAAUAAAUGUUUCAACAAUGUCAAAAUCAAAUUUUGAACUUUAUCAUAAAAAUAUGAUUGAACCAAAUAAACAUCGAAUUAAUUAUCUUCGUUUAUCAAAUCCAUUUACUAUUGAUAUUAUUUUCUUUCCAGCACGUAUUAUUUGUGAUUAUAUUCAACUUGAAAGAUUAAUUCUCGAUAAUAUCGAUACAAAAUAUCUUAAUAGCAUUCUCAAACAUUUAGCUUUUUUACCAAAAUUAGAUUCAUUAGUUCUUACUCCUAUUGAUUAUGUUCAAGAUACAAGUAUCUUUUUUAUUUCUAUAUUUAGUUUACCUAAAUUAAAAUCUUGUAUACUAACCUAUCGAACAAAAUAUGAUGAACAACCAAUGCCUAUUUAUAUGACUGAUUUUAAAGAUAGUCCUAUUGAAUAUUUUCUGAUCAAUAAUCGAUUUUCAAUUGAAUCACUUAAUGAUAUAUUUUUUUGUCUUCCAAAACUUCGUUAUUUAUCAAUUGAUUGUCUUGUUGGAUGUGAUGAUCCAGAUAUUGAUGAAGACCCUAUUGUAUCAAAAUAUUUAAAUAAUGUUUCUAUUAAACUUGAUUCAAUUGAUUUCAAUCUAUUGCAAAAAUUAAUUAAACGUUUUUUUUAUAAUACUGAAAUUUUACAUAUUUCAACAAAAUCUGAUCAAACAUAUUUAGAUGCAAAACAAUGGGAGGAAUUAAUUUUAUCGUCAAUGCCUAAUUUACAUACGUUUGAUAUAAGUCAUGAUGGUGGUACAUAUCAUGAUUUAAUAAAUCAAUUUAAUUCAUCAUUUUGGAUUAAAAAACAGUGGUUUUUUACACAUCAACAUGAUUUACAAGAAACACUUGAUAGUGGCAUUUUUUAUUCAACAAAUCCAUAUAGAAGAAAAACUUAUAUAUUUUAUUGGCAAUUCGAUCAACAUGUUUGUUCAAAUAUGCAAGAAAAGAAUUUAAAUAUAGUUAAACAUGUUCAUAUAUGUAGUAAACAAAUAAUAAAUAAUUAUGUAAAUUAUUUUCCAAAUGCAAAUCAAUUAACAAUUGAACAUUAUUUUAAAACAUCUGAUGAUUCAAUAUCAACAACUCUUAAUUGUAUUCUUCCUUUAAAGCAAUUAACUAAAUUAAAUAUAAAAAGUUCAAAUUUUCCUUUUGAACAAAUUAUUAAAUUAAUAUAUUUUACACCUAAUUUACAUGUAUUAAAAUUAGAUUUCUUAUGUUUAAAUGAAAUAUAUUUAAAAUUAAUUGAACAGCAUGAAAUUUUUCGAUAUGUAUCAAGUACCAAUAAAAUUACAAAUAUAGAUAUUCGAGAAAAAUGUACAUUAGAAAUAUUUCAAUUGAUUAUUUAUUUAUUUCCACAAGUUGAAUAUCUUAAAAUUAGAAUCAAUGAAAAAGAGAUUAGUCAAAUUAUACGAUUUUUAUUUUCAAAAACUACUGAUAAAAUACGUCGUUUAUUCUUUUUGUGCAUUUCACAAAUACCUAAAGUAUGCCUAAGAGAAUUAAAUUUUUUAAUUAAAUCAGAAAACUUACUCAGUGAUUAUUCUAUUAAAUAUAUUAAUCGUGACUUAUAUUUAUGGUGGUAG